ACUCGUUAGAGGCACUACACAAGAUACUCGUAAUCCACACAAGUUUAUACACCAAUACAAUAAGCAGAUAAUAGGGACAGUAUUUGCGUUUGUAAUUCAUAUUUUGUUCAUACAUGUCGCUGAAAGCACAGUUUUUCUAUUCGUAUUUUAAAAUAAACUUAUAAUAUAAUAUAUACAUGUAAUGUAAUUUUCGUUCGUAUUUAUCGUGGCGCUAGUGUUGAUUCGUUUUAAGAGGUUAAAGUUUCCUUAUUUUUCGAAUCUUAUUUUUAUAAUAUUCUAGUGUAAAUUGGAAGAUGACAUUUAAACUAUAUAAAAUAGAAUUGUAUAUAUCAGUACUGUGUAUAUAAAACGUACAAAAUGCAAUCGACUUUUGCAUUUGUAAUAAUCAUCUUUUCCAUGUCAACAAUUUCAUGUUAUCAGAGAUCAUAUCCAAAGGAUUUAAGUAAUUCUAAAGAAACAGGACAUUCAAAUAAUUGGGCAGUGCUAGUUGAUACAUCUAGAUUUUGGUUCAACUAUAGACAUAUUGCAAAUGUAUUAUCUAUAUAUAGAAGUGUAAAACGUUUAGGAAUACCUGACUCUCAAAUCAUUCUUAUGAUCGCCGAUGACAUGGCAUGUAACCCUAGAAAUCCUAGGCCUGCUACUGUCUUUAAUAAUGUUAAACAACACAUCAAUGUUUAUGGAGAUGACGUGGAAGUUGAUUAUAGAGGUUAUGAAGUUACUGUAGAAAAUUUUGUAAGAUUAUUAACUGGUCGAUUGGCACCAGAGACUCCAAGAUCCAAAAAGUUACUUACUGAUGAAAGAUCUAAUAUAUUAAUUUAUUUGACUGGUCAUGGAGGUAAUGGAUUUCUGAAGUUUCAAGAUUCCGAAGAAAUAACUAGUCGAGAGCUUGGAGAUGCUCUAGAACAAAUGUGGCAAAAGAGAAGAUAUCAUGAAAUAUUAUUUAUCGUAGAUACAUGCCAAGCAAGUUCUAUGUAUGAAAAAUUUUAUUCUCCAAAUAUUUUAGCAAUAACUUCUAGUUUGGUAGGAGAAGAUUCUUUGUCCCAUCAUGUGGAUCCUGCUAUAGGUGUAUAUGUUAUAGACCGAUUUACAUAUUAUGCUCUAGACUUUUUAGAGAAAGUAGAACCUACCAGUAGUAAAACAUUAGGAGAAUUUCUCAAAAUAUGUCCAAAACACUAUUGUUUAUCUACAGUUGGUAUAAGAAAAGAUUUAUUUAAACGAGAUCCCGAUAAAGUUCCUAUUACAGACUUCUUUGGUUCAGUAAAACCUAUAGAGAUCACAAAAAACAUAAUAAAUGUCCUCCCUAUAAAAUCGAAUAAAACAAGAUUGAUAGAAUCAGAAGAGAGGUAUAAUUAUGCUUCUCAAUUUCCAGAUAUAACGCAAUACACGUAAGCUGUUUCAAUAUUUGUAUUUAUAUCAGCAUUACUUUUAUUAAACAUAGUCUUUAAAAAUUAUAAAAAGUAUUUUCACCAUGUCCAAUUAUUAUAAAAUAUUUGUUAUAAAAUAUUAUUAAUAUUAUCAAUAUAGGAUGUAAAGAAACUACAGAUUAUUUACGUAUUAAUCAUUUUUAUUAUAAGAUAAAAGAAUUUACUGCAGUCACAUAAAAAAGUGAUUCCUGCAAAUGUCAUAUUUUCAUUUGAUCUAUGGUCAUCAACAUUGUACUUUAUCUGGGUAGUUGCAGUUUAAUAUAGCUGGGUCAAAAACGAGCCUAUCAGGACACUGGAAUUUAGAGACUAAAUAGUGACCAUCAACAAGUCUACAGUGAUAGAAUUUACUGCAAUCUUUAGGAUCACGGAUGAAUCCUUCGCGGGUGCAAAUAUCCUUACUUGGCGGGCUGGUUGGCUUAGUUGUUUUGGUUGAUGUAGCCGUUUCACUUGGGAUAGUUGUUUCGGUUGUUGUAGGUUUUAAAGGUGGACCAUGUCGCAAAACGUUGUUCAAAACUUUCAGAAGAGGAUAUUUUUCUCCGCAUGCACCGUGGAAGUCGUCAGUUUCAAUGCUCCACAACAUAGCACCACCAAGAUCUUUAGCUUUAAUAUAUUCAGCUUUUUCCUUUAUAGAUCUAGGAAAUAAUACAUUUAUUAAUUAUUAAAGUUUGAGAUAAUACUAUAGCACAAUUCAUGAAUAUAUAAAGUACGAAUAUA